AUGGACGGCAAACGCAAGCAGCCCCACGAUGAGCCAAAGACGAGAGCGGAGCCACAUGAGGCUCGCGGCAACAGUGAUGUGAAGAUGCAGUCUCAUGAGCCUGCGGACCCGGGAAGGCGAUGGAAUGAGCUGUACGCGGAUCCUGUCGACUUCAAAGCACUGGCGCUGCGGGAUGCCGCAUUUGCUGCAGUGGUCAAAGGUCGCGAAGUGAAUUUCAACGAUCCCAAGGCCGUGCAGGCACUGACAAAGGCACUACUCAAAAAAGACUUUGGUCUCUGCCUUGAGACGCCCGAUGAUCGGCUCUGCCCUCCUGUCGCGAAUCGACACAACUACAUCCUGUGGCUCAAGAAGCUUCUUGACUCUACUUCCUACGAGCCCAGGCACGAAGGUGUGCUGGGUCUGGACAUUGGCACGGGCGCAAGCUGCAUCUACCCUCUGCUCGGAUGCACACAACGCCCAUGGUCCUUCAUCGCCACUGACAUUGACGCCAAGAGUCUCGAAUUCGCACAGAAAAAUGUCAAGCGCAAUGGCCUCGACGCGAAGAUCAGGCUGGUCCCGCGACAGCCUACGGACAAGCUCAUUCCGCUAGACGACUUGGGCAUCGACGCCAUUGACUUUUGCAUGACGAAUCCGCCAUUCUACACGUCAGACGAGCAGAUGCGGAAGAGUGCCGAGGCCAAAGACAGACCGCCCUCGACAGCCUGCACCGGUGUAGCCGUGGAAAUGGUCACGGCGGGCGGCGAAGUUGGGUUCGUGAAGCGAAUCAUCGAGGAGUCCCUCGCGAUGAAACACCGCGUCGGGUGGUACACGUCCAUGGUCGGGUUUCUGGCAAGUGUCAUCGCCAUAGUGGAGGAGUUGCGGACGCACGGGAUCCACAACUACGCCGUGACCGAGUUUGUACAGGGCAACAAGACCAGGCGAUGGGCCGUGGGCUGGAGUUUCCGGACCAUGCGUCCGGCGCAGGCCAUUGCUCGGGGGUCGGCGUCUGCUACGUUGAGGGCAUACCUCCCGGCCGUGGCGGAGGCAGAGGUCGCGAGGUUGGGGCUGGGCGGGUCCAUCAGCAAGACGGCAAAUGGUAUUCGUGAUGCUAUUGGGGAACUUGACCUCAUGCAUUGGGCGUGGGACCAGCAGAAGAUGCAAGGUACAGGGCGCGCCGCAGAUAAUGUGUGGAAUCGGGCCUGGCGACGGAAGAAGAAGAAGAUGGAGAUGGAGGGCGAUCACAUCGACGUGCGGGAGCGACAAGACGCGGCCUUUGGCUUCGAGGUCUGGAUCCGGGUGGGUACGCACGAGAUGGUCGUGGGCUGUCGCUGGCUGGAGGGGCACGAUGCAAAGAUUUUUGAGAGCUUCCAAGGAUUUCUCGCCUCCGCUGCCAAGGCACACGGGAGUUUGUCGAAGGUGAAUAAUUAA